AUGGAUACCUUCAAGUAUUUGGGGGUGCCCUUUUCCUAUCAGGGGAAGGUGACAGUAAGCUACCACUCUGUUCUCUACAACAUGUUGCUGUGGGUCACAAAAACACCCUUGAAAUCGCAGCAGCGCCUUCCUCUCCUGAAGCGACACUGCGUACCGAAACUUCUGCACGAACUGGUCCUUGGGGCAGUUAAUCGAAAUACGCUCAAGCGGCUCGAUGUCCAAAUCCGACAGGCCGUGAGACUCUGGUUGCGGCUUCCCUCUGACACGCCGGCAUCCUUCCUGCAUGCGGCUGUUCUGGACGGUGGUCUCGGUGUACCCUGUCUGACAGUGAUGGUUCCGUUUGCAAAGCGGCGGCGACUGGACUCGGUGCUCUCUUCUCAGGAGCCUGCGGUACGAGUGGCUGCUAUUGUUCCUUCGGCUCUGCCUGGAAUGCGGAUGGCUGCUCAACCAGUCCGCCUGGGUCAAACUGUUUUGGCUAGCAAAACGGAUGCAAGGAAUUACUGGAGGAAAUCUUUGUAUGAGUCAGCUAAUGGCAGACCACUUGUGCAUUUUGCGGACUCUACUUGUGCCAACCAUUGGCACUCCUCCCCUGUUUGGGUCUUCCCUUGGUUGUUUCUACGAGGCAUCCAACUUCGGGCGGGUGUCCUCUCUACCAAAGCCCGCAGUUCCCGUAGGACAGGUCGUGAGGACGUGUUGUGUCGAGGCGAAUGCGGCCAGCGCGAGACUCUCUUCCAUAUACCCCAGUGCUGCCAUUUGACGCACCAGGCCCGUGUUUGGCGUCAUAAUCGUGUGAUGCGGCUGUUAACGCAAUGUCUGUUGAAAGGACGGCAGGAAGUUUUUGUGGAGCCCCACAUCCCGGAGGGUGCUACCUUGUGCAAGUCGGACCUUGUUUUGUGCACAGAGAGUGGAAUCACUGUAAUUGAUGUUGCUUUGGCCGGCAAGACGCUGUUGGAGCAAAUAUUUGAGCGAACGAUCCGACGUUAUUCAACGGAGGAGAUUGAGAUGAAUUCGCUAAGGCUUCUUGGCCGUCCGGCCAAUACCCUGAUUGUGCAUAUUCCAGCUGUGUUUUCCUGCCGUGGUGGCAUUUUCUCACGCAGUGAACGAUUGUUGCAGGGCCUCGGCCUAUCUGUCUACGAUUUGUCUGACUGUUGCUUGGCGGUAAUCCGAGGUUCCCUGAAGGCGUACGAUGUACAUACGCGUGGAGCUGGCCGAGGUGAAGCUCACGAGAAGGGUGUGGUGCACUUAUGA